UAAAGCUGAAACUCUCCUUCUUACCGCAAAUUUAGAGAGAAAAAGAGAGUGAAACCCUAACUAUCUGAAGCAGUAGGGAUGGGGAGAGGAAAGAUCGUGAUCCGAAGGAUCGACAAUUCGACAAGCAGGCAGGUGACUUUCUCAAAACGAAGGAAUGGAUUACUGAAGAAGGCUAAGGAGUUAGCUAUCCUUUGCGAUGCCGAAGUCGGUUUGAUAAUCUUCUCCAGCACUGGAAAGCUCUAUGAUUUCGCAAGUACCAGCAUGAAAUCAAUAAUUGAUCGAUACAACAAAGCAAAGGAAGAGCAGCACCAACUGCUGAAUCCGACUUCAGAAGUCAAGUUUUGGCAAAGGGAGGCUGCUAGCUUGAGGCAACAAUUGCAAAACUUGCAAGAAAACCACAGGCAACUGAUGGGAGAAGAGUUGUCUGGUUUGACUGUAAAGGAGCUUCAGAAUCUGGAAAAUCAAUUGGAGACUAGUCUGCGUGGCAUUCGUAUGAAAAAGGACAAAAUGCUCACCGAUGAAAUACAAGAAUUAAACCAAAAGGGGAACCUCGUCCAUCAAGAAAAUAUGGAACUGUACAAGAAGGUAAACCAAAUUUGUCAAGAAAACAUGGAACUACAUAAGAAGGUUUAUGGAUCAAGGGAUGCAAAUGGAGCAAACAAAAACUCAGUUACUCCACAUGGUUUUGGAAUUGGAGAGGACUUGCAUGCAACCGUUCAUCUCCAACUAAGCCAGCCACAGCAGCAGAACUAUGAGACACCAGCAAGAGCUACUAACUUGGGACUACAACUGCAUUAAAGAGGUAGAAGUGGGAUGACGGCCAAUGGACCAACAUGACACUUGAUUCCCAGAAAACUGAAUGCCCACAGUUACAAGAAUUGAGCUUCUUCUGGUGAUAUGUGGUAAAUGAGCACAAGACAUUUUCUGCACAAAAGAUCAAACAAACUAUAGAUUUGAUGUGAAAUGAUCAAUGAAACCACUUAUGUAACGUUUCAUAGCAAUAAAAAUUACCAUGUGUG